AUGAAAACAUUGAAUGACAUCCAAAAACUCAAUUAAUAACAGAAAAUUAUAUUCACUUUCACCAAUCAAUUCACCAACAAUACAAACUCCGCUUGGCUUCCUCGUGAUGUUUAAUCUCCCUUUUCAAAUGCUGUCACUUAGUUGUCACCUCAACUCUCCGAUCAUAAUAUUAUUCAUAAUACAAGAGGCAAUUUUAGAUCGUAGAGUCAAGCAACUGAAAAAUAAAUUAUAUCUAGAGAUCUUAUCAACAAAGCAAGAAUCUAAAAUGCUUAACAAUCUGCAAGAUAAGAAAAACAUUUUCUUGGAUCCAUCAACGGUAUUUAAUAAAUCAAUUCUCCAAAAUCACAAGCCAAUCAAACCAUGUCAACUCAUAGUUCAAGUAGAAUUGAUCCUAAAGUUAAAAGAAAGCUUAGUCAAAUGAGCAAAGGAAAUUUUUUGCAUUUUUUAUUAAUUUAAAAAGUUGGACAUAAAGAUGAGAAGCAAUUUUAUGACUAUCUGAAAAAAACUUACAAUUUUGAAAUUCCUUAACCUUAGUAAGAACAAUCCACCAAAAUUAAUAAAAAAGAUAUAAAGUAUCUCUUAACAAUUGACGACGACGAUGAAACCAUCAAGAAAACUAGUCAAUAGAUUUUAAAAAUGCAUAAAUUUCGGCGUCAGAAGGAAGUCCCUCUUGACAAAUAUGUAUAAGACACUUAUGAGUCCUAAUUAAGAAGAUUUCCUAAGGUUAGGUAAAAACUUGAAAAAUCAAAGCCAUAUAAUAUUGCAUUGUAAUGA